CCUGAAAGCAAAUUAUCCAUUACUAGCAUUUGUAAACAGUUUUGUUCAUUUUGUAAUUGUUUUCAUGUGACGGGGUGUGAAGGCAUUAUGAUUUAUCUUCAGUCCUAUAAGAGGUGCAGAUAACGUCAAGGAAGACCGUUAUUGUGUUCUCAUUUUUACAGAGAAUUACUCUAAAGUGAACCACUGUAAGAGUGAUAAUUACACUGGGCAUGCGCAGUAAUACCGCAAAGCUAGUUUCCUACAUAAUGAAUUAUCGCAAAGCUACUUUUAUUUCGAGGAGGUAUUGCCCCUGAAAUGUUUUCUAAUACUGCUAAACGUCGAUAUUAACUUUUCCAUUACCAAACAGAGUUGCUUUCUGUAGGACAGAUUAAUCUUCACUUCUUCAUCAUCAGAAACAGUUCAUUUAUCAACCGUUCAUUUAAAACAUUUAACAUUCCUUGGUGUUAACAACAUGGGAACUUUUGCAUGCUCAAAACAAGGAAAGUUGGUUGCAUAAGAAAGACUUGAAAUGCCUUUGAGACUACUAGGGUUGCUGGUGCAUUUCCCAAUAGACGAGAUCAAAACAUCCCUUCAAACUAUAUCUACACAAGCAUUUCAGUUACUCCUAUUGUACUUUUCACUGGAGAUUUUCAGAUACACAUUGAAAUGUGCCCGUUUUGCACGGGUUUUACCUUAUCGUUUCGGGGACUGGAACGAUAUAAAACCGUCGCCACAACUUAUUACUUGGCAGUUGUAGUGGGUCACACGGCCACUUUUCAACUGGUUGUGUUAACACAUUUUGCGUCCUAAGAUUGCAAAUAUGCUAGCUACCAACGCGAGGGAGAAUACAAGGCUCUAUGGAGACGAAAAUGCUGGAGAGAUGGGGCAUCAGGCGAAAACCUCAGCCUUUUGUAACCCAAAAUCUAAUCGAGUUGCCCUAAAGGCAAUAAAUAACGUCCAAAGACCAACACUUGACAGAGCUUGUAAGACCCAAGCUAAUAUCAAUAUCCACGCUACUUUUCAAAGCAGAGCACCAACGCACCCUAAAGGAUUUAGCAUCUUCGUGGAGCCACAACACACAGAUGAUAUCGGACUACAAAGCGACAUUUUGAGACUUCACACCAGUGAUGCAAGCGAUGAUGUAGCCGAGUCGCCGAUGAAGAUAUCUCCUGUCCAAGCCAAUGACAACGAGAUAGAAACCCGACCUACUGGCAAAAAGCCUCGAAACGAUGAAUGGUCCGAGUAUGAAGAUGAUAUCGUCCGAUACCUGAGCAAGCGCGCGGUAAGCACUGCACCACGUUCUACUUACAUGAACAAACAGCCGGACAUAAACUACAACAUGCGGACAAUUCUUAUUGAUUGGUUAGCAGAGGUGAGUGAUGAAUUUGGUCUUGAUAACAGAACAUUAUACAUAGCCGUCACCCACAUUGACCGGUUUUUAUCGGUAAUGUCGGUUCAAAGGGACAAGCUACAACUGGUGGGAACCGCCUGCCUGUUCAUCGCGGCAAAAUACGAAGAAAUCUAUCCUCCUGAAGCGUCAGAUUUUGUUUUCAUAACAGAUGAUACGUACACCCAAGAGCAAUUAUUUCGAAUGGAACAGCUCAUUGUAAAAGCUCUCGACUGUGAUGUUUCAGCGCCCAUUAUACUAGACUUUUUAGAUCCAUUUUUAGCAGCGGCGGGGUGCAUCGUGGAUGAGCAAACUCAAUCUUCCGGCAAAUACAAGACACUAGGCCAUCUAGCCAUGUUUUUGUGUGAACUAACCCUGCAAGAUUCCAGCAAAUUCUUGAGGUACCUUCCACACGUGAUUGCUGCAUCAGCAAUAUUGCUGUCUUCCCAUACCAUGUCCUUGCCGAUAGCGUCUGACACCUUAGUCAUGAAGUGCAACGCAGAUACGAAAACUUUGCUAAACUGCAUGGACGAUCUUCAAGAUGCCUUCAUGGAAGCACCAAAACUGAAAUACAAAGCUAUUUUUCUGAAAUACUCAAAGGACAACUUUGAUUGUGUUGCGAGAAUACCCCCCGUAGCACGUCCUUUUACUUUUGUUCUUUAGAAAACUGUUCUUCGUUUUAAUAAAGUAGAGAGUUUAUUAUGAUUUUUGAUUUACACUGAUACUGAAUUUAAAAUGCUUGGCGCGUUUAUAUUUUCACGGGUCUUUGCGACCAAUAAGAACAUGUAAUAAGCUGCCAAGAAGCUAUUUCAUUUUCGUAGAAAAUUUCCACAAUAAUUAUAAGGUGAAUUAGAUGCUCUUUGGAGAUAUCCGAUCUAAACUCCGGGGUAUUAUCUUAAGCAAUAUAAUUAUGACCAAACUGUCUUCCUAAAGAUAUUUUUUAAGUUAAUAGAAAUGGUCACCAAUAGAGCUUAGUUACUUUUUCAAUUGUUAAAUUUUUCCUAAAUUAUAUGCUAUGUAUAUUAAACAUUUUCUGGUUAAUGAUAAGCCUAUGAAAUGGUUUCUUAGGCUCUAAACAUUUUUGGUCUCUCAUCAUUUUUUAAAGAUAUUGCUUAUUUGAUCAAAUUUAGCAUUGAAUUAGGUGUGAAGCUGUUAUGGAUGUAAAUUUAUGAUUUUACUUUUUUGGUUACAUGUAUAAUUUCUUGGUAAACUGAAGAAUACAAGCUCUAUCUCUGUUGUAACCCUACUUUUGUAUCUCUACAUUGACGACU